CCCCCCCCCCCCCCCCCCCCCCGAGCCCUUCCUAGGCCUCUUUGCGGCCCUGAGCCUUUCCUGCAGGGUUGACGCACUAGUUCUUUCUUGGAGCUCUGUGACGGAAGGGUAGGAGAGAAAGUAAAGCCGCCUGCAGCUAGCCUGCCUGCGCUUAGCCAUUGCUCCCUCCCCACCUCCAGUCACCUUCAGCUUUCCCUUACCUGCUUCCCGGCCUCGGCUGGUUUUCCUGGAACCGCGGGUGACCAUUCUGUUGCAAGGAACACUCAGGCUUCCCGCAGACUCUGACCUCAGACAGACUCAGGCCUCCCGGCUGCUGCUAACUGGCUAAAGUUUCUGCACGGUGGCCUCUAAUUUUAAGAAGACAAACAUGGCAUCCAGUAGUCAGAGAAAAAGAAUGAGCCCUAAGCCUGAACUGACUGAAGAACAAAAACAGGAAAUCCGGGAAGCUUUUGAUCUCUUUGAUGCUGAUGGAACUGGAACUAUAGACGUCAAGGAACUAAAGGUUGCAAUGAGGGCCCUGGGCUUUGAACCCAAGAAAGAAGAAAUCAAGAAGAUGAUAAGUGAAAUUGAUAAGGAAGGGACAGGAAAAAUGAACUUUAGUGACUUUUUGACAGUGAUGACUCAGAAAAUGUCCGAGAAAGACACCAAAGAAGAAAUCCUGAAAGCUUUCAAGCUCUUCGAUGAUGAUGAGACUGGGAAAAUAUCAUUCAAAAAUCUGAAACGUGUGGCCAAGGAGUUAGGCGAGAACUUGACUGAUGAGGAACUGCAGGAAAUGAUUGAUGAAGCUGAUCGAGAUGGAGAUGGCGAGGUCAAUGAGCAAGAGUUCCUGCGCAUCAUGAAGAAGACCAGUCUCUAUUAAGAUCAGUGCUCCUUUUUCUACUGCAAGCACAUGUGACUAGAUUUAGUGCCUGCCAUUUUGUGAAAUAUGGCUUUUGAGAACCCCCCUCCCCCAACCUCUGGGGUAACUAGCCGUGACCUUGAAUCUAUUUUUGACUUUGGAAGUUUCUUUGAUAUUAAGUUCUUUGUACCUUUACCUGCUGAUUGAUUCAACAGGGCAACACUAGAGCACACAGUGGGGAAAGGGACUGAGAGUGAGUGUAGCCACCCUGCCUCCUAUUACUUCACACUGCUCAUGCGUUCCACACAGCUGCAAACAUACAUUGGCUGCUUAAAUGUCCAUGUACCCAUGUCACCGUAAGCAGUGGUUGUUCUAAAACUGUUCUAGUUUUUAGUAGACACCAGAGUGUAGUUUUUCCUCUCAUAAAACCUAAUGAAUGCUUGCUGUGGCAUUUGGAUGUAUGUCAAUGUAUUUGUUUUGUUUUAAAAAUAAAACCUUUCUUAAUUUAAGCU